GCGCGCAGUUGUUGUAAAAUAUUCCUCAGCCUGCAGCAGACAUAUUUGAAGCGAACAAGACGAUGGAUAAAAAGGGUGCCGUAUGCUUCAUUUCAGCGAGUCAAACUCUACAGAAUUAUACAGAUUGAGAUUCAACGAUGACUACUCGGUUUACAGGUGAUACCUGGUUGCCCGCGAUAAAUGUUAUCUGUUGGUUCCUUCUGGUUGUUGCAGUACUGGGGAUCAUGACAAGACUGGGGACGAAAUUGUGGAUAUACCGUAAAUUUACCAAGGAUGACUAUGUGAUUAUUCUUUCUACUGUGAGUGUUACUUUCGGAGAUCUACACUCGGAUGCUAAACCUACAGGUAUUUGAUAUCGCCCAAGGAAUCGCAACUUCAACCGCUACAGCGAACGGAUAUGGCGAACAUAUCGGGACCCUGACUGAUGACCAAGUCACAACUGUCAUGAAGAGUCAGUACGCAGCUGGGAUUUUGAGUAUUGUCAGUCUCGCAAGUUCAAAGGUAUCAUACGUCAUGUUCGUUCGGAGUAUAACUGCUGCUCCCCUGGAUCGUCGAAUUGCGUUGGUCAUCAUUAUUCUCUUGUCGAUUUGGGGAGUUGUGUCUGUUAUCACGGUUGCGUUUCAGUGUCAACCUUUGCCAACGUGGGAUUAUUUGACUGGGAAAUGCUAUGAUCGGCAAUCAUGGCAGAAUUUCUUUGGCAUAUCAAACAUAGUCUCCGAGAUUGUCAUUAUAUCGCAAACUAUUGUGAUAAUCGCCCGGAUACAGACUAAGCUGAAAAGGAAGCUGACGAUUGGGUUUGUUUUCGGUCUCCGAAUAUUUGUCGUUGCUGCUGCAAUCGCUCAAAUAGUCGUCCUAAACAAAACCUUCCAUGACCCCGACGUCACCUAUGCAACUUGGUCUGUAUCAGUCACAAACCAACUCGUUCUAUGCUCGAGCAUAAUCACCGCAUGCUCAGCGCAAUUCAAACCGUUCCUAGACAGUCUGCGAUCUAGUGGUAUGCGUCUUGACGCGUUGACUGGAAGUUAUCAAUACAAAUCCCAGAACCGAUACGCAUACGGCUCUCAUAUUGCCUCGUCCAAACAACGCUCAAUCCCGCUGCACAGUUUGACUGGAUCAAGCGCACAACGCCCGGAGAAUAAGAAUUCAAUAGCUAGCGAAACAUACGUUUCGGCAUCGAGACCAUCGCCAGAUUGGGAUGCAGCUAGUGCGACGAGCCAGUCACAAAUCAUUCGGGAAACGAGAACGUUUGCUGUGACGGAAGAGUUUCGAUCUGACGCUGAUGAAAUUUUGUGAUGUUGCUUAGUUUGUUUUACACAGGAUUAAGCGAGAUCUAUUGAACAAUGAAUACGUAUAAAAGUG